CUCCAGAAGUUUCAGCAGAAGGCUCUGAAGCAAACUAAGCAGAAGAAAUCCAAGUCGGCUGAAUUUCUGAUGGUUAAAGAAGAUAGAGAAGUGACGGAAGGCAUGGAAAAUCCAGCUUUUAACACGAGCAGCCCAGAUCUCUCAACAUGUCAGCCUUCAGAAGGGAAAGUUAUUAGACAUGACAUGCCGGAUCGCACCCUUGCAGCUCACCGAGAAAAAAUCAGGCUGCCAACCUCUGCAGAACCAAAAGGAAAUGAAUACGGCAGAAAUUACUUUGACCCACCGAUGGAUGAGGAAAUAAACCCAAGGCAGUGUGGGAUGGAGGUCAGCAGAGAGGGUGAUGACAGAAUUCUCUAUAAUCAAUUAAUGAAGCUUUUUGAUGGCAGUGGAAAGGAGAAUCCCAAGGAAACUUUGUUGGGGCAAACAGGUAAGAGCACGAAAGUGGAGCCCUUGGGUUCUGAAGAGCCUAUGAGUUCCAGGGCAAGCAAUGAGAUCCUCCAAGAGGCUGACAUUGCCAUCCCUGCCUACGUGAAGGACUUCGAAAGGCAUGCUCAGAGAGACAUAGUUCUGCUCGCACAUUCUCCAUUUGAACAGGCUGCGGCUGCUGCGUUAUUUUGGCGGGAACGAUGGCGUCCUUCCAGUGGCCCCGGACGUCGAGGCGGGGCUGCGGGGCGUUGCAGGCAGCACGAUGUGGUGAUGGUGACCGGCUGUUGCCACGGCGAGCUGGAUAAGAUCUACGAGACGCUGGCGGUGGAGGAGCGGCGCCGCCCCAGCUCGGUGGACCUGCUGCUGUGCUGUGGCGACUUCCAGGCGGUGUGCCACAGCCAAAGCAAUGAGGUUAUUAGCCUUGGACAAAUGCUACCACAUAGAGACUUUCUUCAGGUCUCAGAAAUCGCACAUGACCCCAGUGCUUCUGACCAGCUGGAGUGUGACGUGGAAUGGCUCGCUGUGCUCCGGGCCACUGACGACCUGGUGAACGUGACCGGGGGCCUGUGGAAUAUGCCCGAGAACAAUGGCCUGCAUGCACGGUGGGAUGACAGUGCCACUGAGGAAGCCAUGAAGGAGGUUCUGGACAGCGUGAACCAGGACCUCAAAGCGCCCUGCAACUUUAGCGCUUCAGGAGGCCAAGCAAGAGCACCCCCCGUGUGGGGAAUACGAAGAGCAAGAGGAGGGCCUGGAGCAACGACUCUGGAGAAGACCAGAGUGAAUACACCCCACCUCCCCGACAUAUCCGCCCUGUCCUCCAUUAAUCUCGAUGAGUUCACGCUGGAGGAGGAGGAGGAGGAGGAGGAGGAGGAGGAGGGGGAGAGCUGUGAAAGUUUGCCCAGUGACAUGAACACUCCCUCGGUAGAACUUUCUUCCAGUCAGGCUUCUGAUCUUUCCACAAGCUUUUCUGAUGUGAGGAUCUUGCCAGAGUCCAUGAUUGUGCCUUCUCAUGACUUAAUGGGCUCUCCACCAGGUACAGAAGGGACCCCAGAGGAUGAUGGGAAGGGGUUCACUGAGAUGCUAUUGAAGAGGCUGAGUAGUGAACACGAACCCGAACAGAGAAAGAAAAUUAAGAGGAGGAAUCAAGCCAUCUAUGCAGCAAUAGAUGAUGAAGAUGAUGAAAUAGAAGCAUACAUCAAUGAUGUACACUCCAUUCUCGAUAUAAAAGUCAAUAGCAAUAUUGCUUACACAGAAAUGGACUUAAAACUUGAAGGGGAAGGAAUGAAUCAAGAUAUUCUUAGGUCAUCUUUAGAAACGGUCAAAACAUUGAAGAGAAAAUGUCAUCUUUGCGCCACGCAAGGAUUUCUGAAGGUGGAUAUGACCAUUACUUUCUCUCAUGUAGCAGCAGCAGAAGAGAAGAGAACUCCACAUCCAGCGUCCAUUGAAGAGUUAACUGUUGGCAAAAAGGGGUGUGGCACUAAACCUGAUUCUUUCACACAAGUGACUGAUGAUUCCAGGGGAGCUUCAGGAUCUUGCUGCAAGCUUGAGCAGUCUCAGUCGCUACAGCUUCUUCAAAUACAGAUUAAAUGCAUCCGGGGUCUGAAGGACAAGGCUUCUCCAGGCUGGUACUUCCUCAGAGUGUCCCUGCUGGGUCAACCAGGGACCUGUGUGUUGUGGUGGCAAAUGGAGCACCUGAAGGCCAGAACACAAUCAAUUCGACAUGAUGGGAACUUCUACAAUGUCGGGGUUUAUUUCCACGAAGGCCUUUCUGUGGCACUCCCUGGAAGGAAAGAUGUGAAACCUGGCAUGGCUUUUUUGUUUGAGCUUGUUUUCCUUCGUGGGCCACAUGCUUGCCUCAGCCAGGUUGUAGGCUGGGCAAUCUUCCCUUUAUGUGAUGAUAACUUCCAUGAAGUGGAGGGAAAAUUCAAGUGUGCUCUUCUCCGAGGACCUUAUAACCAAAAACUCCAUAGCUUCAGGAAGAUUGAAGAUUUGAUUUGCCAAGACUUGGACCACUGGCUGUGUAAUCUCUAUUUUCAGGUAAUAAAACUUCCUUUACAUUUGGAUGAUCAGCAGAAGCUUGGAAGGCACCCUCAACUUCCCUCUGAAUUUCCUGUGAAUGGUGUGGCAGAAGCAGAGAAAGCAAAAUUCGGUGUGGCUGAUAUGGCUGAGCCCUCAGAAAAAGAAAUGGAGAACAUUUGUGCAGCAGUAGAUGAUGGAGCCCAAUCUGCCUCUUCUCAGGGGCAGCCUGUGACCCCUCAGAGAGAUCCUGACACCCGUAAGGGAAGUGUUCCCACCGAUGUAAAGGAAGUGGAGAAGCAGUUUAAUGUUGGGAAAGGAGGGAGGAGGGUGUGUCAGAGAGAUCUGGGCGACAGAGACAAGAUGGUUUUAAAACGUUUCCAGCAGUUGGGUGAAUUAAAGGUUAAUCAGAGGUUUAGCAUUGAUGUGCCUGUGGUGCUUAGCAGCUAUCUGAGGAAUGGAUUCAUCGAUAUUGAGGAGCUGCGGAGCACAUCUGAUAAUGUUGAUCACUAUCCUACAGCCCGUGAUCGCAGCCUCUCAAAAGAAGACUGUGAGAUUCACUCUAAGCUAGAAAUUAAUUUGGUUUCCAGUGUGAGAUUUGAAGUUCAGGACAUGCUAGAGCAGCCAAUGGCUGAGAAAUCAACAAGGUAUCGUGUGCCAGAUACUUACAUCCUUGACAUUAUGCAUGCUUUGUUUUUUUCACUUAUCAAUUUCUCUGGCAAGGGAGACAGCCUCAUGAACCAUUCUGUGAAGGAGAAAUCAAAGGUUUGGCCAUCUAGAGAACUUGAAGAUUAUUCAAAGGAUACAUCUUAUAUGGAGGAAUUGGAGAAACAUCAGGUUUCAGUUUGUCAUGCUUCAAUUAUGGAUAGUGCUGGAUCCAGGGAAUUUUAUAAGCAUCUUCGCUUUGCACUGGUGACAUUGUAUGCGGAACUCGAAUUAGACCAAUGGCAAAGCCAAAGCUUCUGGUACAUUAUUCUGCUGAUGGCUUCUCUCUGGUUCCUCAGGCUCUACCUGCAUUACCUUGGCCAGUGGCUUUUUCUCUGGGCCAUUUCAACUCCAGUUACAAAAUUUCACUUCUUGCCCUACACAGUUGAGCUUUGCUACCCAACAUCUUCACUUCAUGUGGGAGAAGAGCUAGCUGUGGUUGUGUUGGGGCCUUUCAUGCUGAACACAAUCAUAUUUCUGUUGGUUCUGAUCAGAUGGGGCUGUCAGCUACUGUUUGCCUUUUGCCCAGACGCCUUGUCAAAGCUCAUCAUUACCAUGGGAUUAUGGACAGUUCUAGACCCAUUGGCAGUGUUUAUAGUAGAUGCUUUCCUGGGGAGGCUUAUCCAUAAUGAGGAAACUCCUCUGGCUGAUGCAGCAAAGGUCUACUGGGUGUUUGUAAGAACAAAGAAACCAGGAAUUCUUGGUGUGAUCAUCACAUUGCUACUUUACGCCCUCCUGUUCAUCAUCUCUUCCUUGAUUUUAUAUGUGUACUGUCUCAGGUUGCACAAUGACUCUUGGAUAUUAGAUGCAUUUCAGCGCACCCAUAGUGAAGAAAACAAGUUCUUCAUUCCCUAUGAUCUGGAGAUUUCUAAUCAGGAACUAAGUUACAUAGUGAAAAGAGCUGGGCAGUGGAGAGGGAUCAAUGGUGAAAGAAGGAAGGUGGCAGUGUGUGAUUACCUGUGGAAAGACCAUGGCAUUGAGUCCAGCAUGUCUAGUUGUGACCUCCAGCAUCAGAGUACGAUUCCCGAGUCUGCACUGGGUCCAGGAGUUCUGACUUCUCACAUAGCUAUAUACACGUUGUAUCCCAGCGGUUUCCAGGAACUCUAUCGGCAUUUUCUCAGACUCCCGGAUGGGACUAUCAUUGAGGUUUUUGGAGACAUCAGUGCCUUGAAGAUGGUCCCCAGUGACGUGAUCACAGCCAUUGAGCAGCACCUGAGUGAGAUAGACACCACAUGGGGAGGCUCCUUGGGUACUCACUCAAGAGAAACCCAAAGGGUCCGGUAA